AUGGACACAAACACCUACAUAACCCCCAAUACCAAAGACCUGACUACUUCCCAAUUUUCUGAAAUCCCCGAAAAUUGGGUUGAAUUCUAUACCAGUGAUGAACAUCAUGAAAUCCACCCUGAUGGAAUCACCCUCCUUCUUCAUGAAACUGCCAAUCAAACCAACCUAACUGGAGAAAUCCUGUUUGCAUUUACUCAAGAAACCACAUCGGCAAUUGAAUUGAGUUUGGUAAGAAGUUCAUAUUUCGGCAUUGGAUUUGUCCCACUCUGGGCCAUGAGUUUAUUACUUGCAGGAAGUCUUGCUCCCGAAUGGAAAGAUACUAGAAGUUUAAUCACGACGUAUACUUGUCCAGUAGCAGCUGGGAAAAGUGUUGGAAUGAAGGUAUUUCCCAAUGUGUCACAUGUUGUCCCUUGGACUAGGGAGGUUAGGUUUAGUGAGAGAUUAAGAACGUUUAUUAUGGAUUCGGAGUUGUUUCAACGACAUGAAAAGGUGAGAUUGUUGGCCUUGACUGGAUAUGAGGAUGUUGAGUGUUUUUAUACUGAUUUGGGUCCGAAUGAAGGUCCUUAUGAUUUGAUAAAUGAUUUAUUAUAA